AAGUAAGUCUAAUAUGGGUUGGACACCUCUUCACCUUGCUUGCUACUUUGGACAUGCUGUUGUGGUAGAGGAUUUGCUGAAGGCUGGUGCAGAUGUGAAUGUGCUGAAUGACAUGGGGGACACUCCACUCCAUCGUGCAGCUUUCACAGGGCGUAAGGAGGUGGUGAUGUUACUCUUACAGCAUAAUGCUGAUCCUUCUAUUGUUAACGGCAGUGGAGAGACUGCAAAAGAAGUUACUCAUGACAAGGACAUAAGGAAUAUGUUGGAAGCAGUGGAAAGGACACAAGAAAGGAAACUGGAAGAACUCCUCUUAGGAGCAGCGAGAGAGGGGGAAACAGGGAAAUUGACUGCCUUGUUAAACAAGCGGAAGCCACCUGAUAUCAACUGUACAGAUCAGAUGGGGAACACUCCCUUGCACUGUGCAGCGUACCGUGCUCAUAAGCACUGUGCAUUGAAACUUCUAAAAAAUGGAGCAGAUCCUAGAAUAAAAAACAAAAAUGAUCAGACACCCCUUGAUCUAGCCCAAGGUGCAGAAAUGAAACUGAUACUGGCAGGUAAAACUGGAAAGGUUAUCAACAAGCCCCUGAGACGAUAUGAAGGUCUCCUAUGGAAGAGCUCACGGUUUUUUGGUUGGAAACUCUACUGGAUAGUUCUAGAACACGGAGUGCUUUCCUGGUAUCGGAGACAAGCUGAUGCAGUGAACAAUGAUCAUCGUCAGGGAUGCAAGCAUCUAACACAAGCUGUCUGCACGGUAAAAUCUACAGACAGUUGCUUCUUUUCUGUCAGAUGUUUUGAUGACACUGUUCAUCGUUUCAAGAUUCCUAAAAAUAGCCUUCCUUCUCAAACUAGAGAGAGCUGGCUGGAAGCAAUAGAAGACCACUCUGCAUAUAGCACUCAUUACUGCACACAGGAACAGCUGAGUAGUGAUGAUGAAGAUGAUGCAAUAUCUGUUACAGACCUACAGGACACUCUGAAAAAAGCACAAGCAUGCCAACAAAGACUCAGUAAAGAGGUUUCAGACUUCCUUGCAAUGGUUAAAUCUUUGGAUGCUACAAAAGGAAUAUCUUCUCCCCUCCUGCAGAAAGUUGAUGUGGUCUCUGAAGUAUCCCAGGAAACAUGUGAGGCUCUGUCUGAGUGCCUCACCCUAUUCACAAAGCAAGAAGGGCUUGUGCUCAUGCCUUCCUGUCCUGCCACUGGGUACUACUGAGAAGAGCCAGGCUCCAGUUGUCUUUGCAUCCUCCCUUCAGGAAAUGUCUUAUCAACUUACCCAGGGCCUGGCUGAAGUCUGCUGGCUGUUGCCUGGAGUAAGAGUAAGGACAAAAACAGUGUCUCAGAGGAAAAUCAUCCCUAAGAAGGGGCAAUCUUCAUAAUGCUCCAAGUCCCUCUAAAAUCUGAAGUAAAAGUGGGAUUUUUGCAUCUGUA